CUUCGGCGCGUCGCAUUUUGUGUUACAUCGCGCGCGCAAAUAGACAAAAUCCGAGGACGAGUGCGACACGCGUUCGCAAAAUUUCGCCCUGAGCAUAAUUUCGCGCUGAGGAUGAGCUCGCGAGUUAUCACGCUUCAGUAUUCGAACAAGCGCGAUUUUGAUGCUCUUCGCCGUGAACUCGGUCGGCGCGGCGCGUAUCGGAAACGCAUUUACGUCAAAUGUUUUUCUAUUGGAGAUUCUCCGGGAGGUUUCUUAUUGAGAGACCCAGUUUAUUUCAAGAAGUGAUUUUGCAAUCGUAACGAAAAUUGUCUAGAUACGAGAAAUUAGCUAAAAUAGAUAAACGUCUAGCAAACAUUUCAGUGUCACAUGUGUGUUGCAUCUAAUCGAUAUAAACGACAGAAUUUUUCUCUGAAUUAUUCGUCCACUUUAGCAAGAAAAUCUCUCUGUAAAGCUCAUCUUGGAUUAAGGCCAGUCAUAUUUUUUAUUAAUAAUUAGUAGCAGGACAUAAAUUUUCUUACACAUAUUGCUAAAAUGUUACUAUAAAUUAUAGCGCAGGUAAUUUUCUAACAGAUACAAAAGACAUCGAUACAUUUUACCUGUGACAUUCCAGGUAGAUCAGCAAAACAUUUCCCUGAAUGUUGGGUUGCAUCGAUCGGAAAACAGGUAGUCAAACGGCGAUUUCGUUGAAGGAAACCAAAUUCCUGGUCAUAAGAACUAAAUUUUGUUUUAUUCAACUUAAUUUGGCUCUUAUAGUAAGGAAUUUUAUUCCCUUCGACUAAAUUGCGUUUAUUAACCGUUUUCCAACUGAUGUAACCAAGCUGGUUUCUCAGUACUGUUUAUGCACUCUAUUGUUACGCAGAACGGCGGUAGUUUUUCCUCUGGUAACGUGCAAGUGAAAAAUAAGCUUCAUAAGUGAUAUACGACAAGUAGAAGAAGGCGGUGAAUGUAAAAACGAGAGGAAGAGAGAGAGCGACGGAAAGAGGGAGCCUGCCAUGACGUUGGCGGUCCCCGAAGCAGCAUGCGAUGUAUUUAUAAAUCUGUCAUCUGCUUUGGUUUACGAUGACGUGAAUGUUAUCAGAGAAUCUCGUCUUGAGCGAAGGCUGCGGUGAAAUGCGUCAACGCACGCACACUUUGACAGUCCGAUGCUGGCACGCGCCGCGUUCGGAUAUGAGUGGCACGUACCAGCCGCAAUAACACUCGGUACGAUAUUUCCGCGUUUCCUGCGAAACGUCGAGUAAGAUAUGCGAAUCCUCGCUGUUGAUAAGCGCGCGAGAGGGUCACACAGCGUCGAAUGACAAACGACUCCGCGGCGGUCCGAGCGGUGAUCCGAGAGGGCGGCGUAUUUUUAGUACGUUCUAAAACCGUAGCGCUGCCGAGAUUCGCGCCAAAUCUUCGCGAGCGGAUCCCACCCGACGAGCGAUUGAGCCGGCCGCGUGCGCGACUUUUGUACUCGCGAAAAUCGCGAUUUUCCGCAUUCGAGGUCGGUUUGUCGCGGCGCUCUUUUGUGCAAGUUGAAUUCUGGAGCGGAAACAACGACGGAGCAGCGGACGACAUCGAGAGGGCGACUUCGCGCGAAAGCUGAAAGCCGCGCGACGAUCGUUAGCGUGCCGGGCGCGCGCUCACGGACGAGUAACUCGCGAAUUGUGUGAAAACGCAAUCUUUCAUCAUCGCGCAUUUCGACGUAUUUCAUUGCGACCGGCGCCUAAUAGACUGCGUUUUUUUUCACGUGCCGGCGCGUCGCGACGAAGCGGCAGAGAGAGCAUCGCCGGUGCUUGAAUUGGGAUCAUUGCGUCUAUUAUAUUUCCGCUCGCGGCGCGUUGUGUUGCAAAAACAAAUGUUCGCGGCGCGGUCGACAAGCCACGGGUGUGAAGCGUGCGCGUCAUUCGCGCGGGAUUUCCCGGAGGAUCUUCCGCGCGAAGUGCUUCCGCACUUCCGCGAACGACGUUUUCUUAGGUCUUUCCGUCGCCGCACGGCGCCUGGCUUGCACCGAAGUUCCGGAACCGCGUUAAUUUUCCGCAUUUCCCGGAGAAGCUGUCAGAUCUCAAGUCGGAAUUUCCAGUUCCACAUUAAGUCCGUUUAAUUCCAUUUGGUCUUCAAGGAUCUUGUAUUGCGUUCCCUUUGACGUUACAAACGGGGAGUUAUUUCCGUUUUUUUUCCCACUCGAAGACUUAAUGUAGGAUUUGAGAUUUUCUCCCGAGAGCCCGAGUCGAAAUUUCAGUCCUGCUUGAAGUUUAAUUUAAAUCUACAUUAAGCGUUCGAAGGUCUUCUAUUGUGUUCCUUUGAUACUACAAAUGGGAAAGUAAUUUCCCAAUUUGCAGCAUCGAAAGAGUACGAUAGAUGUGGAACUAUUCAAAUUAGACUUAAAGUAGGAGGAAAUUUUCGACUCCGGGAGUUGCCUCGCUCCGUCAUUGCGUCGCGUUAGCGAUUCGCGGGAGAAUUAUGCGCAUUACGUAAAAGUUACGCGUCGCAGAUCAUCGGGUUUCAUGCGCCGUACAAGCGUCGCGCGUUUCGAGUAGGUGGGCAUUUCUCAUGGUAAUGUUGCGAACAAUUCCGCGGGUGAAGGGUGACGCGUCCCGCAUAAAAGCAAUUCAAAUCUAACGUUAACGACGCCCGUGGCAACACGUGGACGGUAAAGCCGUGAAUAAGACGAUUAAGAUACGCGGCGGAACGACGCGACUAUGAAUUAACGGUGAAGCGGCGGUGAAGAGGGAACGCUAACGAUCGCGAAUGAUCCGCCGCUGUGGGAUUAAUUCAAGUGUAAAAUUCUCUGUCUUGUGGAAAAAAAUGUCGCGAUAAGUUAAAGAACUCAGUUUCUUAUCGUUACGUAAAGGUAUACGCGCGCGCGGCCUUCUACCAUUGAAGAACUACACGCCUUAUCGCGUCCAUGUGUGACAAUCUAUAGAUGCCUGUAUAUCUUCGUUGUAUUCGCGUAUUUCGACGAAACGUUUCUAGGCACGUUAUUCCUGAGGAAUAUUUAAAACAUUUAACAGAAACAAAAGUCGAUCUUUUUGGAGUUCUAGACUGGAAUAUCUCCUUAAAUCUUAGAUCCAGACUUAGGCGAGGCUCAAGCUCGAUGUAUUACAUGUGAGUUAAAAUUGGAAAAAUACUAGUCAUGGAUGCGAGACUAGAGAUAUAUUGCGAAUAAACACGAGGACAAAAGCUAAUGAGGAGCUAAUGAAGAUUAUUAUCAUUACUGCUUUUAAUUAACUCCUCCUCUGUCCUCCGUCUCUUACAGUAUACAAAGCGAGAUGACGAGGUACAAACCGGCCGAAUUCGAGGAUGAGGAGAGCAGCAGCAUCGGCUCGGUCACCCUAAAUAGCGAAGGCAUCAGCACAUCCGCCACGCAUAUACGAUAUCAUUCGGCUCCGACGCUAUGGAAAGCAAGAAGUAUUUUGGAGAGAUGUCUUUUAAUAAUUUGCACUACUUUGCUAUUAAUAGUGAUGAUACUUAUCAGCGUGAUCAGCCACAGGUCUCGCUGGGACGAGGCGCAGAUCCUUCAUGUCACCUCUCACGGAGAAGAAGGCACGCAUUGUCUCACGGAACAUUGUGUAACGGUGGCGGCGUCCAUAAUCAAUAGUAUAGAUUACUCCAUUAACCCGUGCGACGACUUCUACGAGUACGCGUGCGGCGGUUGGCGCAAAAAAAAUCCCAUCCCAGACGGCAAGAGCGUUUGGGGCACGUUCGGCAAGCUGGAGCAAGAUAAUCAGCUGGUGGUGAAGAAUGUCCUCGAGAAGCCGUUCAGCGAGAUGAAGUCGAAGGCUGAGAAAAAGGCGAAGUUCUACUACAUGUCUUGUAUGGACGCGAACGAGACGAUCGAGACGCUCGGCGCCAAGCCGAUGAUGGAGCUGCUCGAGAACAUCGGUGGCUGGAACAUCUCCGGGAAAUUCAACGUGAGCACGUGGUCUUUGCAAAACAGCAUGCAUAUUCUGCAGAACGUUUACAACAUGGGCGGCUUGUUCUCCUGGGCUGUGAACGAGGACGACCGUAACAGCAGUAGAUAUAUAAUCCAAAUCGACCAAGGAGGCCUGACGCUGCCAACUGCGGACAACUAUCUUAACGUAACCGAACACAGCAAAGUCUUGGCCGCUUACUUAGACUAUAUGACAAGGAUCGGCGUGCUCUUAGGUGGCGAGGAAAACACCACGAGGAAACAGAUGCAAGAUAUCAUUGACUUUGAGACGAGACUCGCGGAGAUCACUACACCACCGGAGGAGCGCAGGGACGAGGAGAAGCUUUACAAUCUAAUGUCUCUGAGCGAACUGCAACGUAAAGCACCUUUCAUGUCGUGGGUGGAUUACUUCCAAAAUGCCACACGUCUCGUAAAUAAGAAGAUCAACAGCAAAGCGCAGAUUAUCAACUUUGCGCCGGAAUACUUUGCGAAGCUGACGAAGCUCGUGCAAGAGUAUAACAAGACGACCCACGGAAAAAUAAUACUGAAUAACUAUCUGGUUUGGCAGACCGUGAGGUCCUUGACGGCGUGCCUGUCGAAGCCGUUCCGCGACGCUUACAAGGGCCUGCGAAAAGCUCUGAUCGGUUCGGAGGGUAAUGAGGAGCAGUGGCGUUACUGCGUAAGCGAUGUCAAUAACGCCAUGGGUUUCGCGAUCGGCGCGAUGUUCGUCCGAGAGGUGUUUCACGGCAAGAGUAAACCCAUGGCGGAAGAGAUGAUCGACCUGAUCCGCAGAGCGUUCACGAAGAACCUGAAGAAUCUCGACUGGAUGGACGCGGAGACGAGGAGCUCCGCCGAGGAGAAAGCGAACGCGAUCACCGACAUGAUCGGCUUCCCGGAUUUCAUAUUACGGCCCAGCGAGCUUGACGAGCGUUACCGGGACCUUUCUAUCAAGUCAUACGAGUACUUUCAGAACAAUCUGCGCGUGAAUAAGUUCAAUCUGCGCAAGAACCUCGAGAAGCUCGAUCAGGUGGUGAAUAAGAGCUCUUGGAUAAUGACGCCGCCGACCGUGAACGCUUAUUACACGCCUACGAAGAAUCAAAUCGUCUUCCCCGCCGGCAUUCUUCAGAGCCCGUUCUACGACAUGGAGAAUCCUAACAGCCUGAACUUCGGCGGCAUCGGAGUGGUCAUGGGGCACGAACUCACGCACGCUUUCGACGAUCAAGUAACAUAUCGGAUUCGAACAGGUCGGGAGUACGAUUUGCACGGGAACCUGCAUCAGUGGUGGAACGACGCUACGAUAGAAAAGUUCAAAGGUAGAACCGAGUGUUUCGUGAAACAAUACGACGCAUACGAAGUGCAAGGUCGACAUGUGAACGGCCGGCAGACGUUGGGUGAGAAUAUCGCCGACAACGGGGGCCUUAAGGCGGCGUUUCACGCAUACCGGGAGAUGUCUACGAACUACAAGGAUCAACUGCCUCUGCCUGGUCUCAACUUAACGCAUCGUCAACUGUUCUUCCUGAAUUUCGCACAGGUCUGGUGCUCCGCUAUAACGCCCGAGGCAGUGACUCUACAGAUCGAGAAGGAUUCUCACACUCCGCCGAAAUACAGGGUGAUAGGACCACUUUCGAAUCUGCCGGAGUUCGCGGCGGAAUUCAACUGCCCCAAGGACUCGAAGAUGAAUCCGGUUCACAAAUGUGAGGUGUGGUAACCUCGUGUUUCUCUUGACUGAUUGAUGGACAAUUCGGUUGGACUCGGUUUCCAAUAUCGCGGCGGACCAACCGUCGAAGCUUCUACGUGCCAUUUGCGUAAUGAGAGACACACGCCGCGAGACAUGAGACUUACUUCGGGCAUCGGACUGUGCGUUUUUUAAUUCCACAUAUCACUCGUCCACUCAUCGCGCGUUUACUUUGCGUUGAAUCAUGUGUGAGAUUAGCGGGUGAUGAUCUUAUCGCGUCAUUUUCAAACGCGCACGCCGCCGAGAGUCGUCGAACGUGGUGUGAAGGCGAGAAUUCCCGGCUAAAUUGAAAUUAAUCCGUAGCUCAUCAUUUCGGGACGCUCUGGUAUCCCGCGAUCUACGACCUAAAGCCGUACUAAGAUCGAUCUGGAAGCCAAUUUGUUUUCCGAAGAAAACCUACCGAGACGUAUCAUCUGUUUCUUCAUGCAGAUCUGAAUGUUGAAAUUAAACGUAACUCAUAGCGAAUUUUUCUCCGACGAAUCACGCGACUCGUACGAUCAGAUCGCGCGAAAUAUGCCAGCGAGAUUUGUAGCAUUUGUAGACGCGGUGUCGGGGAGUUCCUCACCAAAUCGGUCUCACUUUCGGUCGCCGAGCUUAUUCCAGCAGCGCCGAUUCGCAGCGCGGAUCGGCAAAUCUCAGCGAUCACGGAGAAGCGCGAGGGGUGAAUCUUACACGGUAUCGCGACGAGUGCGAGUGAUUCUAGCGAGCCUCGUUGAGAAAACAUAGGGAAGGAAAAGCGAAAGAGAACAAGCGACUUGUAAAAGCCGGAGACGUUUGGAAGAAAUGGACGCGCAGGCUCGAAAUUGUCGUUGGAAUUGAUCCAGGAGAAUUUUCGUUUGUCGAGACGGGAACUAGGACCAUUAUAUUAGCGUAUUAUUCCUCUUCAGCUACGUUGAGGUGCGAGCGGUCAGUAUACGGUGAAAAAUUUCUGUAACGGCCCGCUGAAAUAUGAAAUAAAGUUACAAGAAUGUGAAAACAAAUUACUAUAUUAAUGAGCAAUUAUUGUUUUUCGAUAGUUUCUUCCGUGCGGGUUAACAUGGAAACAUGUUGAAAAGUACGCGAAAUAUAUGUUAAAAUAUAUAUUAAAUUAACACAUUCACUUCUUAACACGGUACUUUUUAACAGAUCCAUCUUGUUAGAGUAACAUAAAAAUUUCAACGGGCCGGUAUUUACGCAGAAUUUCUCAGUGUGCGCCGAUUCUUUUCGCGCACAGCCUAACCACGGCUCAUCGAGAUUAACGAGAGCGCUCAAGAACGACGUCGACAGCCGCUGAAGCAUUCUCGAUACGCGGUGCAUAUCGUUUUUCACUUUUAUAUAAAUAGGAAUCAGUAUUACACGCGACACACUCAGUCGAUUCGCAGGCGUGCACGGAACAACGACUGACGAUGAUGACGAAAAUGAUGACCGAGUUAUAAAGGCGAAAUACGGUUCGGGUGGUAUAAUUAUAAUCAUAAGACUGUCGCAGGGUGGUUGAAUGCCGGGACAAAUUUUUCACUCGCUUCGGCUUGUAGAAGCUAAUUGGUCAAGGAGUUAACGAUCCGUACAAACCGUAUAAACCGUCAAUGCGCAACACGUGCAACACGCAAUGAGGAGUUAGUCGGCAGGUUAAUUGCGACGUCAUGAGUGCAUUGUAAUUCUCAUUGUUACGAGUGACAUCGUUGAAACUUAUUUACAAGAUAUAUUCGCAACUGAUCAAAAGUCUCUUCGACGGCAAGUUCCUAGACUCUUUCAUUGAGGGUGGAGGGGGAUUGAUACUCAGGAUUCGACUAUAAGUACUGUCAGUCAAUGAGUAUUAUCAGUCAAUCAAAAUGCAGAAGCACUUGGCGACGAUUGGUAUUUGCCGCGGCGCGCUGAUUAGUUUACAAAAUAGCUGGUGUGGUUUAUAAACCUCGAUGAAAAACGACGAAGCCAAGCGAGAAGGAGUAACGCGAAACUCACGUGAGACCGAAUUUGAUUUUUGUCACAUUGCAAACAAAGUCACGCCGGAGAACGCUUCGCGUUUUAACGUUAUCAGUAUUAACGUCGACGCACGUCGAUGCGCUGCAGAAUGUUAUUAAUAUGCGAAAGCAUCACCACCGCUUUCGAUAAUCUCGGUAGAGCGUGGCUGGGAAAGACAGCUGGGUGCCGUAAGUUCCGCAGGCAGGAUUCGAUUUAGUUCAAGCCGUCUAUAUUUUCAUAGAGAUGAUGAACGCUACGCGAACAACAUAAAUUGUCGCCGUCGUCGUUCGAUCUUCGAUUCUUGAUCUCGCACGUAUCGCAGCAUCGGCGGAUUACGAUUUUAUUGUGUGUACUUUCUCCUUGAUUCGAGUUGGCAUACAUAUAAUUGUACAAUAAUUAAUUAUAAAGUUUUCACCGACGAAGGCUGAACGGCGUGUUUUUGUAAAUAAUGUAAUUUACCGAUCCGAAAAUUUACGCGUCUAUUAGCGGAGCGUAAUUUCUCAUUUAGAGUUAACCGUUAACGUUGAUUUUAGCGUUCUACUUAGUAAGAAAUGUAAAUCUCACCGUGAUAGAGCCAGCUGUGAGCGGAACCCGAAGCGUCGAGGUUCCGUCGCGGCCCUUUCGUUGCUGGAAAAGAGCGCGGAUUGUAUUUCGGAAUUACGAAAGGUAUCGAAACUACCAGCGGAUUUAGUAGUUUGCGCUCUUCCGCGGUUAACGUACAUUGUCGCGCUCAUUUACUCUCCAUCGCGGCUGGAAGUCACGCGCCGACCGACAAUGUCGCCAAGCGUAAUAAUGUCGAGGCCCAAGUGAGUCUCGCAUACUUCAAAAAGAGAAACGGAAAAGAAGAGGAAAGAGAAAAUGCCAAUCAAAACCCGAUCUUUUUUUAACACCUGCGGAGAGAGGAGGGGAACCAAAGAUACGUAUUCGUGCGAUGUUUUUUCAUAGGGGAGAAAUAAACAAGAUAAACAAACAUCAAGCAGUUGAACGAUACGUUAUUGUACAUCGCGUAAGACACACUUAUUAUUGAAGCACGCGAUGAGCUCAUUGUGGAAACACGGUGUCCCCGAUAAUCAUCGCGAUGUCCGUCGGACGACGCGAUAGGAUGAAACGAAUAAUAGCGCAACCCAGUAAACACGAAACAUCAGUUAUAUUACAUCCGUAUUGUAAUUUCCCAACAAUGUAAACGUAAUAUAACACGCGUGUAUUAUAUUGCAUUUAUAUGGUUGAGUGAGAUAUUGUAAUAAACAUGGAAAAAGUUUGGUUGAAUUUGCCAGACAGUGAACGAACCAAACGUGCUUUGGUUGAAGGAAACAGAAUUUCUGGUUAUAAUAGCUGAAUUUGGGUCACAUAAGUCCCGGAAAUGUUUUUCCCUUCAAUCAAAACGCGUUUGGUUUGUUCACUGUCUGGCAAAUUCAAUCAAACUUUUUCUCCAUAUAAAUGUAAUAAUAUAACUGAUGCCCCGUGUUUAUUGAGUAGGUUAAUUGGUUACGCGUUCAUUCGGUCACGUCAUUAAUCUCCGACGGAAGCGCGUUAUACCCCCAUCGAUUGACGUUGCGUAGCAUUAAUCCUAGAAGUCCACAUAUCCUGACACAAUCGCGCGAAACGCUGGGAUCCAGCUCAAUUACGCUCAAUUUCCCCCUUCAUCUUUUCCUUUCGCAUCGAACGAAGAAGCCGGGGAACGAAUUCGUCGAGCUCUCAGAAGAAUCUUAGGGCGGAGAAUAAUCAAAUUAGUACGUUUUUAUGUGAUCGACCGGGGACAUACGAUGUAUGUUCCGCGACACGAAAAAAUACCGAGGUCCGUUGGACGUCUAGGAUUAAGUCUAGAGUCCCUCCGUGUGUGGACAUUUAGAAUUAAGCUAGCCGAGAACUUAAGAGAUCGACGAUAAUGAGAAAGCGGGCAAAUCUCAAGAAAAAGAGUAAAAUGUGGGGAUAAAGAAAGCCACUGCAUUCUAUUCUUUGUCGGAUUAGCCCCGAUCUCCCUGUCUCUCUUUCUCCCUCUCUCUGUCUCUCCCUCUUACUCCUUCCGCAACCCCUUGAAAAAUCAAAGCGACAUGAAUACGUAAGAAGCCAAAGUUUCUUUAACUACAACGUAAGAUCCGUAUAGGCCUUAAAAAAUAUCUGACGCCGAUGCAUAAUGUAUUUGUAAAUGUCCAUUGUUUAUAAUGAUUGUGAAUAUUGUAACAAUGAGAGAGGAGCGUCGUCUCCGCAGUUACAUUGUUGCGUAUACAUAUAAAUAUUAUACUCGAAAACGCUAUUUAGAGUAACGUGGGGGCGAGAAUUAGAAACUUAAUAAAUGUCAUUUUGCGCUCUCUCACUUGAUCGAUGACGAUAACGACGACGAUAGCCAUGACA